AUGAUUAGAGCUUUUAUUCGUUUGAGCCUUGCUAUUCUUGUUCUAAAUUUAAUAUUGCCGUGUGACGGAUUAAGAGGGUACGGUAAUAGGGGAUACCACGGCGAAAGGUAUGGCAGUAAAGGCUAUAAUGAUCCCCCGCCUAAAACAUACGCUGGAGCUUCAACUGGUAUACCUGGUCAAAGUUCCACAAGAAGAGGCUUAGGAUUAUCAGCUUGGGGUAUAGUCACAUUAGUAGUCUCUUUUAUUUUAGCAGUUGUUGGAUUAUAUUAUUUUUCCAUUUGUUAUCCUGUGAUAUGUCAGAAGAACAGGAAGUAUGAUAUGAUUGGGUUAACUAAUGUAGUGUAA